AUGUGCAAGAAGUAUAUAACGUUUGAACGUGGACAAAUUGGAGAAAUGAUUUUAACGGAUGAUUCUAAAUGCAAGCAUGCAACUAAUUCAUAUUCAUGUAUCGAAGUAUCCAAUGUAACAGAUAUGUACUGGUCACUUGAAGAAGAAACAAAUUGA